GUGAGACUCGCGCAGGUGAAAAACACACUCGCGUACAGACAAAACAAGACAUUAUCUCAGCCCAAAACAAGAGUUAAAAUGUGGGAUUUUGUUUUAUGAGGGCGUCGAUAUUGACAGAGGCCUGGUUUAACAUCAAGAGCAAGUGUUUCGACGUAUAUUGUUGAUCUGUCUGCACUGAAUUUUCAAAGGAACAACAAUGUAUGAGAAUGUACCGACAGUGUCCGCUUCUGAGCGGCAGCAGGUGCUUCAGGCCUUGGAGAGGCUGCAGUCCAAGCUCGUGCAGAGGGAAGAGUGGACCCACAGUGACAGGCUCGGCACGUUGAAGGAAGCCCUGCAGAGCCCUCUGUUCGGCCACAUCCUCACCCUACAACACUCUGUCAAACAGCUUAAAGACCAGUUAAACAGCUUGCCCCCAGACACCUGCAGCGAGUUCAGUUUCUCUAAAAAGGGCCAGUUGAUCGUCAGCGCAAGUCGUCCGUCCAGUAGCCUGGGAUCCGUGGCGUCCAACGGUACAGCUUCGACUAACACCUCUUCCGAGCAGCUUCAAAGAUGGAUAUAUGCAGCGGCAAAGGGAAAGAGAACAGAGCUGAUCAGCCUCCAGAAGCCGUUAUCUGGAGGAUUGGGCUUCAGUGUAGUGGGCCUGAGACCGGAGGGGGUGGGCAGUCAUGGCGUGUUCGUCAGGCAGAUACAGCAAGGAAGUGUCGCAGACAGGGAUGGAAAGUUGCAAGAGAAUGAUCAGAUUUUGGCAAUUAAUGGGAUUCCUCUGGAUCAGAGCGUGACACAGCAGCAGGCCAUCGCUCUGCUCCAGCAGCAGAGAGACCGUGUGGAGCUGGUGGUGGCCACAGACGCUGCAGCCAUGCCCAGGCUCUCUACAUCUGGACCCAUUCAGAUGGACCAGUGGGGACACAUGGAGGAGAUCGAGCUGGUCAACGAUGGCUCUGGCCUUGGUUUCGGGAUUGUCGGAGGCAAAACAACAGGAAUGGUGGUCAGGACCAUAGUGCCCGACAGUGUGGCCGAUAAGGAUGGGAGGCUGAGAACAGGUGACCACAUCCUUCGGAUUGGUGAGACGUCCACGCGGGGCUUGGCCAGUGACCAAGUGGUGCAGGUGCUGCAGGCCUGCGGUAGCCGUGUGCGCAUGCUGAUCGCACGAGACCCUCUGGGGGCACCUCUAUCCCCACCCCCACUUGCCCCCGCCACUGGCCCCGUCACCUCCCCACCUCCUUUACCUCCUGUACCAGCCAACAGGGCUGGCAAAACGCCCAACUUGGAGGGCUACGAAAUCCACGAAGUUGCGUUAAAAAAGAAGGAAGGCCAGAGCCUCGGGAUCUCUAUAAUUGGUUAUAACGCCUUAACCAGUGAGGAUGCCGUGGGGGUCUUCAUAAAGAAUGUGGUUCCAGCCAGCGCCGCUGAGCAAAGCGGGAAAAUCCAUGUCAACGACAGGAUAAUAGCAUUGAAUGGCGUAAACCUCCAAGGAUUCACCAACCAGGAAGUCCUGGAGGUAAUGAGGCAGACGGGUGAGAUGGUAAACCUUACCCUUAUCAGGAAGAUCGCCUCGCCCAAAAGGAUGCACGCAGAGAAAUCUCUGGAUAAAGUCCAAAGAGAGUCAUCGCGUGUGUCUCUGAAAAGAUCGUCUGAGAUCAAGACUCGAGCGGAUGUUCUAAGGAGUUCUUUGAUGGAGUCUGUGGACCCUGCUCUGAGUGGGAUUAAGCAACAGCUGCAGGGGAAAAUCCAAGAGCCGACCGCGCUGACGGAGAUGGAGCUUCGCGCUAAAUGGGAGCAGGCUCUCGGCCCGCAUUACAAUGUUAUGGUUGUGAAGUUAGAUCCGGUCAUAGAAGAUGAUGUUGAGUUGCAGAAAUACUCCAAGCUUCUCCCAAUACACACAAUGCGCUUGGGCGUGGAACUAGACUCUUUUGACGGACAUCACUACAUCUCUACAGUAGCUCCUGAGGGCCCAGUUGCAAAACACGGGUUACUUCGACUAGAGGAUGAACUUCUGGAGGUGAAUGAUGUGCAGUUGUAUGGGAAGUCCAGAAGGGAAGCUGUUGCUUUCCUCAGAGAGGUUCCUCCUCCAUUUACUCUGGUUUGCUGCCGACGCCUCGCUGAGGAGGGCAGCGAUUAUCACCCUGAAUCUGAAGAGUGGCGCUCAACCAGCCCCUCAACCAACCUACAGGAACAGAUUGAGAAUAACCUCUCCAUGUUGGCUAAUGACACAAGUCUGCGAGACAGCAUGAGAGAACAGUUCAAGGCCCGUCAGGUAUCUGCAAUUCAGCAGGAGGCUGACAAUGAAAGAGACCCUUUAGAGCCAAGCAGCCCUGAGAGGGAGGAGAUAGAUGAGGAAGAGGAUGAAGGGGAGCUUGCUCUCUGGUCUCCAGAAGUUCAGGUGCUGGAACUGGAGAAAGGAGAAAGAGGUCUUGGCUUCAGCAUACUAGACUAUCAGGACCCUUUGGAUGUUGCACACUCAGUGAUUGUCAUCCGUUCCCUGGUGCCUGGUGGGGUGGCGGAGAAUCACGGUGGGCUGCUCCCUGGAGACCAGCUGGUUUUUGUUAAUGACUCUCAUCUGGACACAUGUUCUCUGGCAGAAGCAGUUGAGGUCCUCAAAACUGCUCCACCUGGGAAGGUCUACCUUGGAAUUAGGAAACCACUGGUGCCAGAGGAGAGCAGUGGUUUGCAGCGGUCCUCUCUGAAUGUAGAGAGUGUGAAUGAGCAAUCAGUUGCAAAGCAAGCCAUCAGCCACACUCUCCUAUCUAUGACGGAGGACUUUGAAAAUGGUUCCAUCUUAUCUGAUGACCUGGACGAGGAGCCAGAGCUGAUCUUGGAUGCCGAACCCCGCUAUGCCUCUCCCCUAACCACCGUUGACCUCCUGCCUGGCUUGGAGAGAGAAAUGGCUGUGGAUGAAGAGGACGAAGAGCAAGAGAGGGUGGAAACUCCAAGGUCCAAGGGCGAGAGUCUACCUUUAUACCUCAGCAAGAAGACCCAUUCCCGGGAUGAACCAGCAAAAUCCAGCAUCUAUCAGUUCACCCCUGAUACACAAGAGCAGUUCACAGAGGACGAUCUUGGCACAAUCGUUGAGCACAUUCAGGCUCAAGAACUGCAGCUCUCGCGGAUUCCCCUCAGUCAGCCUUUGUCAUGGGUGGAGGCAGCCGACAGCGACGCAGACUCUGACUCCAGGAAUGGAGGCUCAGAACUCACCUUGACUGACACCGACACUGAGUCUGCGCAGCUGACAUCCUUUGACAACAAGAAGAAGGAGAGAAACCUGGGGGCUGGUGUUUCAUCAAUCAGAGGAGGCCACAGUGACCUACCAGAGAGAGAGGAGGGAGAGGGUGAGGAGACACCUGCAUUCAGUCACUGGGGUCCCCCACGCAGAGUGGAGGUGUGGCCGGAGCCGCUGGAGUCUCUGGGUAUCAGCAUAGUUGGCGGACGGACCGUUAUAAAGCGACUGAAAAACGGAGAAGAACUGAAGGGCAUUUUCAUCAAACAGGUGCUGCCAGAGAGCCCAGCUGGACGCACAGGUGCCCUUAAAACAGGAGACAAGAUCUUACAGGUGUCUGGAGUUGAUUUGCAGAACGCCAACCAUGAGGAGGCAGUACAAGCCAUCAAAACGGCCCCUACUCCUGUGGUCUUCAUCGUGCAGAGCCUGUCAUCCACUCCUCGGCCUGUCUCUGUAAUGGCCUCCAGCAUAAGACAGCACAAAGCUAAAAGAAAAGCUGCCCAGCAGAAAGCAGGACAGACCAGUGCCCCUCCGCCCAUGCGCCUCCCCCCACCCUAUAGACCUCCCAGCCUAGUGCAGGAGGAGGAACGGCAGGAGGAAGAGAGGGAGGAUGAUCAGGAGGCAAGAGAAGUGAUCAGGCAGAGGUACGCAGACCUGCCGGGAGAGCUGCUGAUCGUGGAAUUGGAGAAGGAUCGAAAUGGCUUGGGACUCAGCCUGGCCGGAAACAGGGAUCGGUCAUGUAUGAGCAUUUUUGUGGUGGGGAUCACACCAGGAGGGCCGGCCAGCCGCGACGGACGCAUUAAAGUGGGCGAUGAGCUGUUGGAGAUAAACAACCAGGUGUUGUACGGCAGAAGCCACCAGAACGCGUCAGCCAUAAUAAAAAGUGCCCCGUCAAAGGUCAAAGUCGUGCUGGUCAGGAAUGAAGAUGCUGUCAAUCAAAUGGCUGUCCCUCCCUUUCCCUCUCAGACUUCCCCUUUCUACCCUAGUGAGGCCCAUCAUAAUACGCCAGCGGUUCCAGCUCUGCCAGAGAAGCCACAGUUACCCGAGAGCCUCCCUCUCAGCAGAGGCCCACCGGAGCUGCCACUAAUCAAAGAGCAGCCCAGCGUGGCUCUAGCCGUGAGCCUCACACCUAGAGAACCAACACAGAAGAGUGUCAGAGAGGGAGAGUUAGCUUUGAAGAAGUUGAAGUCUUCAGAAAAAGUGCUGGACUCUACAAGUGAACAGUCACUCAGACCUAAUGUGGAACAGAUCACCAGUCUUCCAAAAAACCUGAGAAAUUCCACCAAACCUACAGCAGGUUCUCUGGAGGUCACAUCCCCGGGAUCAUUCACGCCAGUCUCUGGCACCACCCCUGACUUCGAGGACUGCAGCAAAGACCCUGCUACAUGUCCCAUAGUUCCAGGACAAGAGAUGGUUAUUGAGAUUUCUAAAGGCCGAUCUGGACUGGGUCUCAGUAUAGUUGGGGGCAGAGAUACUCAGCUGGAUGCCAUAGUGAUUCAUGAAGUGUAUGAGGAGGGGGCAGCGGCACGGGACGGUCGACUCUGGGCAGGAGAUCAGAUUCUCGAGGUAAAUGGAGUGGACCUGCGCAGCGUGGCUCAUGAAGACGCAAUAGCUGCUUUGCGGCAAACACCAUCGAGAGUGCGUUUGAUGGUUCUGCGUGAUGAAGCACAGUACAGGGAUGAGGAGAACCUCGACAUGUUCCGUGUGGAGCUCCAGAAAAGAACCGGCCGUGGGCUGGGCCUGAGCAUCGUCGGUAAGAGAAAUGGUAAGGGUGUGUUCAUCUCAGACGUGGUGAAGGGUGGAGCAGCUGAUCUGGACGGCAGACUGAUGCAGGGUGAUCAGAUUCUGUCCGUGGAUGGAGAGGACAUGAAACAGGCCUCGCAGGAGGCCGUCGCCGCUAUCCUCAAGUGCGCCAGAGGAAAAGUGCAGUUGGAACUGGGCAGACUGAAGGCUGCUUCUUGGAUCUCAUCCAGACGUACUUCCCAGGGAAGUCAGAUGAGUCACGUGAGCGCCAACAGCAUCACCCCCACUCCCAUGCCCCCUGUCGUGGCCCCACCCCCCUCUCAAGCCCUCAACAACAGCAAUCGAGCCAUCACUGAACCCAAUGGCAAAAGCACAGGUACAGAACCAGGCCUCCGUACAGUUGAAAUCACACGGGGUCCCACAGAUGCUCUGGGUGUCAGUAUAGCAGGCGGUAAGGGCAGUCCACUUGGCGACAUCCCCAUUUUCAUCGCUAUGAUCCAGGCCAACGGCGUGGCUGCCAAGACACAUCGCCUCAAAGUAGGUGACAGGAUUGUGAGUAUAAAUUCUCAGUCUCUGGAUGGCUUUACUCACGGGGAUGUCGUAAAUAUACUGAAGAACGCUUACGGCACCAUUGUUCUCCAGGUGAUCGCCGACACCAACAUCAGUGCCAUAGCCAGUCAGGUUGAGAGUCUGUCCAGUAGCUCCACCCCCAGCACCAGCCCAGAGGUCCGACCCGUUGAACCAGAGGCCCCAAAGCCAAAGAGCAUCACUCUGGAGAAGGGCUCGGAGGGACUAGGCUUCAGUAUUGUAGGUGGAUUUGGGAGUCCACAUGGAGAUCUUCCCAUCUAUGUGAAAACAGUCUUCUGCAAGGGGGCAGCAGCGGUGGAUGGGCGUCUGAAGCGUGGAGACCAGCUCCUGUCAGUUAACGGAGAGAGUCUGGAGGGAGUCACACACGAACAAGCUGUGGCCAUACUGAAGAAACAGAGAGGAUCAGUCACAUUGUCUGUGCUCUCCUAACACACAAGCACACAUCUUAAAGGGAUAGUUCACCCAAUAAUUUAAUUCUGUCAUCAUUUACUCACCUUCAUGUUAUUCCAAAUGUGUAUGGAACAACAUGAGGUUGAGUCAAUGACAGAAUUAGCAUUUUUGGGUGAACUAUCCUUUUCAAGGACUACAUCCACAGAAAAACACAAACAUUCCUUUCACAUGUCUUAAAGAGAACACAUCAGCAAUGGCCGUCAUUUGGACACUUUACCUCCUCGUACUGUCUGUUAUGGAGUCGUGAGGACUGAUAGAGAGAGGCUGUUUGCACUUGAUGCCGUCUCCACUUUACUGUUUGUACAUCUGGUGUUUUAGAUUAUAAAGGGAAAUCACACAUGCAUUGUGUCUGCACAGCAUUGUAUUGUCUUAGUUUUUGGACCUGUAGCCUCUCCAUUGGCAACUGUUGAGCAGGUGAAUUAUGUGGUAAUAUUAGAGGUGAUUAUUUUAAUGUAAUGAGUGCUGGUAACUCAAGACCAGGAGAUAAAUUUGGAGUAGCAGACACAAGACACUAACACAGUAUACACACACUAAAACAACUUUUAGUCCUGCUAAUUUCAUGAUUUAAACUUAAAUAAACAGAAACAUGCAAUUAACAUUAUACACAGAACAACCCACAAACUUCUCAAGAAAUCAGAUACAUUUUCAUAAGAUUAGAUUGGAAUGUUUUAGUGGGUUUUAUUUAGCCUGUAUUAGAUAUUAAGAUCAUUUCAAUCAGAUUUUGUUAUGUUACAGGGUAGCUUUAUGAAUAUUUCAAGGAAUAAUUCACUCAAAAAUUACAAUUCCGUAAUCAUUUAUUCACCCUCAUGUUGUUCCAAUCUUGUAUGGCAUUCUUCCUUAGAACACAAAUAUAGGUGUUUUGCAGAUUUUUUUCAUAAAUAAAUUUUUUUGCAAAUUUAUAUUUACGUGGCUCUUUUUUGUAGCAAAUUUGCAACAUUUAUUCACAUUCACACAAAUCACAAGUAAAAUUUCAGAUUAUUAGUUCAGUUUUUGUUGAUUUAAAACUCAAUAGAGUAACCUCUUCAGCCACCGGCGGGUUGCGAAAAAAGAUUAAUACUUUAAAUAGAUUAAAUACGCUUGAAAUGUUCAAGUCUCCGAAUGCAUAAGUCAGGCAUAUGGGGUAUCGUUUGAAAGCUUAAAAUCUGAACUUUGCAUAGAUAAUCAUCACUUGUGCAUUUAUGUUACAUAAAAUAAGGCCUGAAAACAUUUGCAUCGCAAAUCACCGCCACCUAGAAGUCAUGUGGUAUAAAUAUAAAUAUAAAAGUCUUUCAAAUAGCACAUAAAUAGACGCAUCAUAUAUCAAAUGAAAGCACUCAUUCUCAGAAAUGCGACUGCAUAGUUUAUUUUAUUGCCGUAAUACCACAGUUCGAAAGAUUCUCAAAAGAAUCACAAGGUGAAAUGAUUUCUGUAAGACAUCAAAUACAAAUGUCUCUUUUAUGUGCCGAUCACUGCUGCUGUAAACCCCAAAUAGCUAAAAACUUUAUAUCUGCUCUUACCUUAGGCACUUUUCUAAAAAUAAUUAGCCACUGUUUACUUGUUUGUGAGCUUGCUUGUGUGAAUAAUCUAAUGUUAUAUCUUAGAUGUCCAGAACUAAAUAUGUGGUCCAGCAGGAAAAGCAUACUAAACCAAUCUUCGGAAAUAUAUGUUAUCGACUAUUGAUGAUAAAAUGUUAUACAUCAUCACAAAGGGGAGGAUGUCAGCUUUCUAAUGACAACAAUUGAGCUUCUAGUCCACUCAGAGGCCGAGAUAUUCAGUGAAAGAAUAGUGGUGGUUUGUGAACUGAAAAUUAGACUGAAUGUCUAUGGACACACAUCUGUGUGGGCUAAAUUGCAUUAGCGCAACACCUACAUUUCAGAUCGCCAUUUUGUGAUGGAUAUUGAUAGAGGAAAAAUUCUUUUUUCUAGUAUUUGCUGCCAUCUAGUGGAAUAAAAUAAGACUUUUUGGGAUUUUUGUAGGGAAAUGGAGUGAACAGAACCAGAAUUAAAUGCUUACAAAGUUAGGCCAAAAAAAAAAUAUCUUUUUUUUAUUUUAUUCAUUAUAAGAUUGUAAACAUAUACAAUAUUAUUUAUGAAUAAUUGGAGGGGUUUUUUCUGAAAAAUUAGAAAAAAAAUUGGCAAUUUGUCCAAUUAGUGUAAAUGUUGAUCUUUUAAAUUUUAAUGUGAAAGAUUGCAGGUGGCAGCCCAAAAAUGCCCCAGAGUUGAAGAGGUUAAAAACCUUCUGUUUCGGAGAAAAUUUAACUCUCUUUUAGUGCCACACGGCGGACAUUUCACCUUUAAGGAAUGCUGUAAUGUUAUUAAGCAAAAAUGUUGCCACAGUCACAAAAUUUUGAUGAGAUCAGGUUGCAAUUUAAGAUGUCGAUAUAACUUGUGCACUACAUUCCAAGUCUUCUGAAGCCAUACGAUAGCUUUGUGUGAGGAACGCACAGAAAUUUAAGCAGUUAUUUACUUAAAAUCUUGCGACAUGAGGGUGAAUAAAUAAUGACGAAUUUUCAUUUCAAGGUGAACUACUCCAAUUGCAUUGCUGUAUCAGGAUUUUAAAUUGCUAUAAUCAAACCUCUACUGAUAUACGUUGUUGCACAGAAAUUCUUUCGAAUAACAUAGAUUUUUUUUUUUUUUUUUACAUUUUAAUUAAUUUGUAAUUCAGUUGCACACAUUUCUAGUGUUUAGUUGUAAAUAUGUAAUUUAAUUCUUUUGUAGGGCAUGAUUUUGCAAAGCUAUUGUCUUUAUGAAGAUGCCUAGUUUGACACCUCGUCUCAUUGAAUGUGUGUCUCACAAUAUGAGGAUAUCCUGUGUCAGUCUGUCUUCUAGAGGAAUUGUAUCAGGGUCUCCAGGUUAUAGACAGUGUGUGGCAACCCUAACCAGACCGUCUUGUCCACUAGGAUUUUGUAAGCACAUAGCAGACAUUGUCCUCUCAUACUGUACCUCUGUCUUGAAUUCUCGUGCCAUGUGGACAGUGUGUUGUGACCUGUCUACUGCUGCAUCCCUUUAAAAAGCUUACCUGUGUUUCUUAUGCCUGUCUUCCCUUCUUGAAUCACCCUUCCAGCUGAUGCAACUCAGUUUGCUAGAUCUUUAGGUUUGGGCUGUGAACCACAAAAACGAAUCUUGUCGAUCGUUAAAGUUAGUUCAGCCAAAAAUGACAAUUCUGUUAUGUUGUUCCAAACCCACAGAAGAAUGAAAGUCAUAUGUUUUGGAACAAUAUGAUAACAGAAAAUGGUUAUUUUUUGGUGAACUAUCGCUCACUCGUAAAACUCCGUAGUUAUACCUUUAAAUCAGUCAUUGUUUCAGUUGAAAUUCAGUGUAGUGUUUUUAAAGUCAAAAUAAACCAUUUAGUACAAUUAGUACAUUAGAUACAAAGUGCUAAGCCUGAAAUAAAGCCAAUUUAUCAACA